AUGAAGUUCCUCUCUAUCCUCCUUUCUAUUCCAGCUCUUGUAGCAGGACGAUAUCUCAGUGAUGAAGUCAGCUCUGGGACUUCGACUCACUACGGCGGCAACGUCGGAGGAGGUGCUUGUGGACUUGUUGCCUAUACCAUUCCUUCUGGCAUCUACGGAACAGCGUUCUCUGGACCCAACUGGGAUACUGCAGGUGUCUGUGGUAACUGUAUUGAGGUCACUGGUCCAACAGGAAAGAAGAUCAAGGCUAUGAUCGUUGAUAGAUGCAAUGAGUGCAACAAGGGACACUUGGAUCUCUUCGAAAACGCUUUCACAGCUGUAGGCGGUACGAACGGUCAGGUUCAGACCAGCUGGAGAGCUAUUUCUUGCGACAUCACCACUCCUCUUGUUUUGCGCAACAAAGAGGGAACGAGUCCUUACUGGUUCUCCAUGCAAGUUCGCAACAGCAACCUUCCUGUCAAGAGCCUCGAAGUCAGCACCGACAAUGGCAAGUCAUGGAUUGGAACCACCCGAAAGGAGUACAACUUCUUUGAAAACCCCAGCGGCUUCAGAACCGAUACGGUUGAUGUUAGGGUCACCAGCUCUACCGGCAGCACUAUCAUUGUCAAGGGCGUUAGUGUCAAGCCGCAGACCGAGUUCAAGGCUGCCUCCAACUUCCCCUAA